AUGGCAGGGUCUAUUGGUAAGCCGUCUGUAAAUGCUGACAGCAGUACUUCUGCAAGAAGUAAAGUUGCUAAUAGGUGGAAGAAUGUGAAUUACAAGAAAUUGGGUGAAGAUAUAGUGGUGACAGACACAAGAGCUAAGAGAGAAGAAACUAACGCUGGAAUGAAAGUAGAGAGUCAGGAUAUUGAGGUGGUGGUACUUGAUUCGGACUCGGAUGAAGGUUCUCAAGACGAUACGAGUAUUGAGGAACAGGUAUUGAAAGAAUCAUCUGCAGCUGCAGAUGCAACUGCUAAUCCAAGGAAGCUAGAUGACAAAGAAAAAGUUAAGAUCGAUUCAAUACUGUAUGAGUCUGAUUAUUGUUUUAAACUUAUGAGAUCAACUGUGUAUGAUUCGCAAUAUGAAACAAUGUCAAAUGAACAAAAAUCUUAUUUUAUUACUACGGAUGACAUAUUUAAUGAUCCGAAGCUUAGUUCGACGUUCUUAUUCAGUUAUCAAUACGAUAUGAACUUUAUUUUAUCCUGUUUCCAUAAGGAUCUCAGUGAUAUAACAAUGGUGAUGCAAAGAGGGUGUAUUGUACCGCUAGAUAUUAAAGCUCCGGAGAAAUUACAAAGAUUACAUGACAAAAUCAAAUAUGUUGAAGUGGACAUGCCAAGUUAUACAUCUCAUCAUUCAAAGAUGAUCCUGAAUUUUUAUUCCGAUAAAUCAAUGAGAAUAUUUAUGCCAUCAAAUAAUUUCACAGAAGCAGAGAUCACAUAUCCACAACAAGUUUGUUGGUGUAGUCCCAAACUAAGGGCCUUCGGUGAUAAAAAAUUGGUUGACGACAUAGACGAUGCAUCAUGUUUUCGCGCAGAACUAUUUGAGUAUAUUGGUCGUUAUCGUCAUUAUCUAUUUACCCAAAGAUUAAUUGGGGAUCUUUCCAAUUAUGAUUUCUCAUCAUUAAAUGGAUUGCAUUUCUUAUUUUCUACUCCAAGAAGGUUUGCGGCAUUAGAUUCUAAUAAUAAGAACACUUGUGAUGAAGAAUCAGGGUUAGUCAAAUUUGGAUCCGUUGUACGAAGAGUUGAGUCCGAUAAUACCAAAAUAAAUAAGAUCAAAAAGCGUCAUUAUUUAGUGCAAACAUCAUCGAUAGGUACUAAAAGACUUCAAGGUAAACAGUUGUUCACAGGGUUUAUGAUCCCAAAUUUAACCUCUUCUAAAAAUGUGUGUGGCCACAUAUUAUAUCCUACAUUACAAGAAGUUUGUGAUUCACCCGCUUCUUUAUUAUCUGGUGGGUGGUUUCAUUUUAAUUAUAACGAUUACAGUGAACCUUAUAUAUCGAUGAAAAAGCAGAAUCUCUUUGUCAAACAGAAUCCCAUUGCAACUUCGAUAGAGAGAAGGGCUACUCCUUCUCAUUCAAAAUUCUAUAUGAAAUGGACCUCCGACGAUGAAAACGAUGUAUCUAUUCCAGAUACUCCAGUAGAUUGGUGUCUAUAUACAUCAGCGAAUCUAAGUAUUGCAGCAUGGGGUACUGAUGUAAAAUCUGCUACCAAUUUCGAAGUAGGUGUCCUAAUACCUGGUCCAAUAAAUGUAUUUUCGUUUGUUGAUCUCAUAUAUAAAGCUACCAAAGGGACAAGACUUGGUACCUCUGACGAUCAGGGAGCUCAUAUUAUGAGAGAUUCGACACGUAGUACAGUUAUUGUCCCAUUCCCAAAGUCUCUAGUGCCUUAUUCUUACACUGACAAUGACAAACCUACUAACGUAGCUUUAUUAGAUAAGAUACGUGACCGAGUAAGACGAUUACAAGAAGAAGCCAGUCUAACAGGUCCCUGA